GCAAAACAGCAUGUUGUGCGAUGGUCUGUCAUUCGGUGCCAAGGCGCUGUCAGUUCGGUGUACUCCGUUGUUGAUUUGCCAGCAGCAAAUUUGCUUCCGAAAAAAUGAGAACCGUACCGAAAGGCUGGUACGGCUACACUCGCUAUGGAGAGGUGGUGCUAGAGAGAUUCAUUCCCCUGAAGGUUCCACUGUCCCGGGACAAAAUCGGUGUAAAGCCAGAGGAUCGUUUCACACCGCAGGAUGUCAUCCGACAGAUGAGGCUAGGGUUGGUCAUAGAUCUAACAAACACGAGACGUUACUAUAAUCCGAGCGACUUUAUCUCGGAAGGCAUAGACCAUGUGCAGGUGUCGAUCCCUGGGAAGGUGGUCCCACAGGAGCAUCUAGUACGACGGUUUAUCGACGUAGUGAAUACCUAUCUGGACGAUCCGACCACCGAGGGGAAACUGAUAGGUGUGCACUGUACCCAUGGCUUAAAUCGCACCGGCUACCUCAUCUGUGCCUAUAUGAUCCAACAGCUGGGAUAUGAACCGAAGGAGGCGAUAGAAUUGUUUAACGCAAAGCGUGGCCACGAGAUGGAGCGCAAUAACUAUCUGCAGAGCUUGCAACGUAUGAUGCCGGCCAAACGACGAGUGAUGGCCGACGCACCGAGGAUGUAUGUUAAACCAUCGUCCAUCAAUGAAAUAGCACCCUGCCGGAGUCAUGAUGGGCCCGGUUGGCAGCAACACGGAGUACCGAGGGCACAAGAUGGGGAAGGAUGGCGUCAAGAGCGGGCACCGAGGGAACAGGAUUCGGAGCGGUGGCGUCAAGAGCGUUCACCGAGGGAACAGGAUUCGGAGCGGUGGCGUCAAGAGCGGGCACCGAGGGAACAGGAUUCGGAGCGGUGGCGUCAAGAGCGGGCACCGAGGGAACAGGAUUCGGAGCGGUGGCGUCAAGAGCGGGCACCGAGGGAACAGGAUUCGGAGCGGCGGCGUCAGGAACGGGCACCGAGGGAACAGGAUUCGGAGCGGUGGCGUCAAGAGCGGGCACCGAGGGCACAAGAUUCGGAAAGAUGGCGCUUGCCUACGCACGGCAGGAAACGGCUUUUGGAACCAUCUGAUAAGUACGACGAUGUCGAGGCUAACAAUGUGUAUGCGCCAGCAAAAGAGUAUGGCGAUAACUACCACAACCGUUACACGUUGCAUACAGCACCGGAACAAAGCCAGAUGAGAUGGGACCCCACAGUCAGGCGUAUCGUACGGGAUCACAAUUUCAGGCUUCCAUCGUACCGGAAUGCGUUUGCAAAAGACGCAGGAGUACACACAAGGUUUGACUAGCUGGAGAGUUUCUAUCGGGGACACCUACCAUAAGUAACAAUGUGUAACAAUGACUGGAGCGGUAAUAGCAUUGAAAGUAAAAAGAAGAAGAAAAAAAAAAACAAGCAAAUGUACAAUUGGAAACAAAACUGCUAAAAAAAGAAAGAAGAAAGCAAAGGACAAAAAAA